AUGUCAGACCCAGAAGUCACAGUACAGAACGUCGCAGAGAUCCUGCAAGAUGACCGCAUGGUCAAGGUCGCCGGCUAUGAUGUCGACGGACAGCUGCGCGGCAAGCUGAUGAAGAAAUCCAAGUUCAUCUCAAUUGCCUCAGAGGGUUUUGGUUUCUGCUCAGUCAUUUUUGGCUGGGAUCAACAUGAUCAGACCUAUUACAAGGAGUUAACGAUCAGUAACAAGGAGAACGGUUAUCGUGACCUUGUCGCUGUCCCUGAUCUGAGCAGUUUCCGUCGUAUACCCUGGGAAAACAAUGUUCCUUUCUUCCUGGUUACGUUCCUUGAUCCAGACACUCGUAAGCCGGUCUGCGCGUGUCCGCGCGGCUUGCUGCAGACGGUUGCCGCAAAGGCUGAAGCUGCGGGAUACCGCGCCAUGGCUGGAGCUGAGUACGAAUUCUACCAAUUUCGCGCACCGGGAGAUCAUCCCACCCCCGAACGAGCCGCCUCUCAUACUGCCGCAUUCCUCCAAUCAAAUCAGCCAGAUGCCCUUCCCUCCUUAACAGAGGGUAUGUUUGGUUACUCUAUCACCCGUCCUCUUCAUAAUCAAGAUUAUUACUAUGGUAUCUAUGACGCCUGUGAACAAUUCCGCUGUGAUAUUGAAGGAUGGCACACGGAGAGUGGACCCGGUGUCUAUGAAGCUGCGUUACAAUUUGGCGAAGCCAAAGAAAUGGCCGAUAAGGCCGGACUCUUCAAAUACGUUGUCAAGGCCUACGGAAUCAAACACGGCAUCACACCCUGUUUCAUGGCAAAGCCCCGACAAGGACUCCCAGGAAACAGCGGACACAUGCAUCUCUCCCUCGUAGGCUCCGACGGCAAAAAUGCCUUCCUCCGCGACACCCCCGACCCAUCCCCCCAAUACCCCGACAUCGCGCACCUCUCCGAUCUAGGCCGGCACUUCCUAGCCGGUCUCCUCGUCGGACUCCCCGACAUAAUGCCCCUCUUCGCACCAACAAUCAAUUCCUACAAGCGUCUUGUCGAGAACUUCUGGGCCCCCGUAACCGUCUCAUGGGGAUUAGAGCAUCGCGCCGCUUCAAUCCGCAUAAUCACACCACCAACUGCUAGUCCGAAGGCAACACGGUUUGAAGUGCGUGUGCCCGGUGCUGAUGCGAACCCGCACUUUGUGCUUGCGGCGAUUUUGGCGCUCGGAUGGCGGGGUGUGGAGAAGAAGCUUGAGAUUCCUGUCCCGCCGCUAUCUAAGGGUGAGGAUAUGGGUGGGGCGGGUGAUAAGGGGGUGCGAUUGGCUAAGAGUCUUAAGGAGGCUAUUGUUACGUUUACAAGACCGGAUAGUGUGGCGAGGGAGGUAUUUGGGGAUGAUUUUGUCGAUCAUUUUGGUGGGACGAGGGAGCAUGAGGUGCGGUUGUGGGAGGAGGCUGUUACUGAUUGGUAA